GUCGUCAGCUUUUGACAGAUGUCGAUGUGUUCAAAUGUGAUUCGCCGACCAGUUCCAGUGCUUUUUUCUUUUACGUUAUUCAUUUCUCCUUUAUUUCGACUGGGUUUUUUCACGAGUGUUGUCCUUUUUCCUCCGUAGUUGUGCCCGUUUUAUUUUUUGUUUAGUCUAUUUUAGUUGGCAGCUCUUUUUAAAUGUUGGAAAUGAAAUUGUCUGUCUUUGUUUUCGUGUUCGUGGCCGCAUACGUCACAGCUAAUGAACCUGAUUAUGCCAACGGGAAUUUCGAUGUUCCGUCCGUGCCGAAAAGAGAAAUUCUGAGAUGCAUGGUGUGCAAAGCGUUGGUGGAUGAAGUGGAAAUAGCUGUUGAUAGAGUGGACCCUCACAAAAAAGUUGACAUGGGCAGCUUCCGCCUUGACGGAAAAGGAAACGUCAAACAAAACUUGGUACCUUAUGCACGCAGCCAGCUCUUCCUCUCUGAGGUCAUGGACAAGGUCUGCCCGAUGUUCAGGAAUUACGUCGUUGCCAAUUACAAAGCCACUGGUAGGCCGACGCUCUUGAGAAUUGAAACUCCAGACGGGAAAGGCAUGAAUCCCGAGAUGAGCAACGUCAAUAUCGUUCCCAAUCCCGAAGUGAACGAGCAAUUAUCUUCCUACUGUCAAGGUUUAGUCGAGGAAUACGAAGAUGAAAUCGUGUCCAUGUUCGCCAAAAGCGAGAAGCAACUCCACCAAAAGCUUUGCGUUCAAUUGGCCGAGGUCUGCCCCAGAGAUGCGGUCCCCGACUCGGACGAUUCCAGUCCCGAAUCCUCGGAGACUUACGAUUUCGAACGCGAAGAAUUGUAAUUUUGUGAUUGAUUUGGUUUUUCUAAGGAAAAAGGAAACUCCAACCCCCCCACAAAAAAAAUGAAUUAUAAACAUCGAGAUAUAAACGAGAAGUAUAAUUCUA